AUGAACUACCACAAAUGGUUUGAUUAUGAAACGGGACACGCGUGGUGUGAAAGCGCCUACAAAUAUCAAACAUUGCCAUUUGUGGCCGAAUUCGCGAAUACCGUGACGAAUCUGCCCAUCAUCACCUUGCCAUUAGUCAAUAUAUUGUUAAUGCGAAAAUAUUUGCAAAAUGUCAAUUGCGCUUUAAUAUUACCCCAGUUGCUAUUAACAUUUAACGGGUUGGCUUCUACAUAUUAUCAUGCAACACUGAAUUUUUUUGGUCAGAUUGUCGAUGAAUUGUCUCUAGUGUGGAUAAUCACCGUGUUCCUAGUUGUUUAUAUUCCAAUAAUGCAAUGGUUUCCAAAAAAAUUUUCCGAAAAAUUAACCUUAGUUCGAUGGCUAGUUGUCAUCCUUACAGCAGUUAUUUCCGCUCUCUGCUUUUUAGAACCUAACAUCAAUGCCAUUGCUUUGAUGCUUUUUUCAAUCCCUGCCGCGGUAGUGAUUCAUUACGAAGGAACCCACUCGGGGAUCCCAGACAUCGAAAGCUUCCCCCACCGCAUUCUCGCGUUGUGGGGAGCCGCGUUCUCGUUUUGGUUCACAGACCGACUUCUCUGCGAUCUUUGGCUUCAUCUAGGAACCCCGUACCUACACGCACUUUUCCACUUGCUGGCUGGUUUGGCAGGCUACACAAUUUUUAUUAUGUUUUCGAUGAUUGACAUUGAACGAAGGUCGGCAUCGCACCGCUUCACGGCCGCAAUUCGUUAUUUUCCGCACAAAUGCGGCUCGAUUUUUGCUUUUCCUUAUAUAAGCAUCAAGGAGAGAUCACUGUAA